AUGCGACCAAACGAAAUAUUAUCAGAGACAACUGAAAUUGUAUCUUUCAUUGAUGUAGUUGUAGUGGCCUUCGAGGUGUCAUUUUGCGCUGAUGACUAUCACAUUGCACAUCUAUCUAUCUAUCUAUCGUCCAUUCAUAUCUAUCUAUCUAUCUAUCUAUAUAUAUAUAUAUAUAUAAGUCUUUCCAUUAUCUAUCACAUUCUACAUCUAUCUAUCGAUCUAUCUAUAUAUCGAGCUAGCUAUCACAUUGCGCAUCUAUCUAUCUAUCUAUCUCAUCAUAUCUAUGUUUAUCUAUCUAUCUAUCUAAUUCUAGUCAAAUCUAUCUAUCUAUCUAUCUAUCUAUCUAUCUAUCUAUCUAUCUAUCUCAGUCUGCUCUUAUCUAUCUUUUUCUUUCUGUCCAUAUCUAUCUAUCUAUCUAUCUAUCUAUCUAUCUAUAUAAUUUUUCAUAAAAAUAUACAUGCAAAAUUGCACAUAACAUUUUGCAAAUAUGUAAUUUAUUUCGACUACAUUCUUCUUCCUUUUUGUCAUCUUCUUUUCUUCUUCUUCUUUCUUUUUCUUUUUCUUCUUCCUCUGCUUUCUUUUUCGCUGUCUUUUUUCUUUUUCUUCUCCUUCUUCCUAUACUUCUUGUUCUUGUUCUUUGUUUUUCGUCUUCUUUCUUUUUAUUCUUCUUCCUCUUCCUAUUCUUUCUUCUUCUUUCUUUUUCUUUUUUUCUUCUUCUUCCUCUCUUUCUUCUACCACUUUCUUUUUCGUCGUCUUUCUUUUUCUUCUUUUUCUUCUUCUUCUUCCUCUUCUUCUUGUUUCUCUUCUUCUUGUUCUUCUUUCUUUUUCGUCUUCUUUCUUUUUCGUCUUCUUUCUUUUUCGUCUUCUUUCUUUUAUUCUUCUUCCUCUUCUUUCUUCUUCUUUCUUUUCUUCUUCUCUCUUCAUUUUCUUCUUAUUUCCUUCUUUCUUCUACGUCUUCUUUCUUUUUCUUUCGUCUUCUUCCUCCUCUUCUUUCCUUUUCUUCUUCUUCUUCCUCUCCUUCUCCUUUCUUUUUCGUUGUUUUCUUUCUUUUGUUUUUCUUCUUCUUCCUCGUCUUCUUUUUCUUCUUCUUUCUUUUUAUUCUUCUUCCUCUUCUUCUUGUUUCGCUUCUUCUUCAUGUCCUUCUUUCUUUUUCGUCUUCUUUCUUUUUAUUUUUCUUCCCCUUUGUUGUCUUCAACACCCUUCUUACUUCUUCUUCAUUCUUUUCUUCUCUCUUCUUUUUCUUCUUUCUUUCUUUCUUUCUUUCUUUCUUUCUUUCUUUCUUUCUUCUUCUUCUUUCUUUUUAUUCUUCUUUUUCUUUUUUCUUUCGACGGAUUUGCACCAAAAUUUACAUGCACAUGCUCCAAUUUCAAUUUUCUUCGGUAUUUUUAUCUCUCUCUGUUUCUUUCUUUCUUUCUUUCUUUCUUUCUUUCUCUCUCUCUCUCUCUCUCUCUCUCUCUCUCUCUCUCUCUCUCUUCAAUUCUCCCUUCAUUUCUUUAUGACUCACUCUUUUCAAUCUCCGCCUCACGGCCAUUCUCUCUGUUCAUUAUCUAUCUAUCUAUCUAUCUAUCUAUCUAUCUAUCUAUCUAA